GGCCAGGAGCGUCAGAUGGGAGAUCUGACGGCGGGGCGGAGGAGAGACCUGAACCGGCGGGCAGGGGAACGAUGUCGUUGCUUGUUCUUCUGGCUGAGGCGUCCAUCCCCUUUACCUCCGCUGUGUGUUUCAAAGGCCGAUAUCUGCGCUUCCCUUGCGGACCGAGCUCUGUCCCGCUCGCUUACUUCUCUCCCACCGAGCUUCCGAGGUUGGGCAUUCCCACCCUUCCUUCUCUUCUCCUCUCCUUCUCUGCUCUUCUUCUCUGUUGUCUGCGGAUUAGGUCUUGUGGUCUUUCGAGCUUCGCACAGCUUGAGCAAGAUGAGAGAGAUCUUGCACAUCCAGGGUGGGCAGUGCGGUAACCAGAUCGGAUCCAAGUUCUGGGAGGUUGUUUGCGAGGAGCAUGGCAUCGACCCUACGGGGUCGUACAAGGGCGUGACGGACUUGCAGCUGGAGCGCAUCAAUGUGUACUUCGACGAGGCGAGCGGCGGGCGAUAUGUGCCGCGUGCGGUGCUGAUGGAUUUGGAGCCCGGAACAAUGGACAGCGUUAGGACGGGUCCGUAUGGACAGAUUUUCCGACCCGACAACUUUGUGUUCGGGCAGACUGGUGCCGGAAACAACUGGGCUAAGGGACACUACACGGAGGGAGCUGAGUUGAUCGAUUCUGUUUUGGACGUGGUGCGCAAGGAGGUGGAGAGCUGCGACUGCCUGCAAGGUUUCCAGUUUUGUCAUUCUUUGGGAGGAGGGACCGGAUCCGGAAUGGGGACGUUGCUGAUUUCGAAAAUCCGAGAGGAGUACCCCGACAGGAUGAUGCUGACGUUCUCGGUGUUUCCUUCGCCUAAGGUGUCUGACACCGUUGUGGAGCCGUACAAUGCGACCUUGUCAGUUCACCAGCUGGUAGAGAACGCGGACGAGUGCAUGGUGUUGGACAACGAAGCGCUGUACGAUAUCUGUUUCAGGACAUUGAAGCUGAUCACGCCCUCAUUCGGAGACUUGAACCACUUGAUUUCUGCGACAAUGAGCGGGAUCACUUGCUGCCUGCGAUUCCCCGGGCAGCUGAACUCCGAUCUCCGGAAGCUGGCCGUGAACCUGAUUCCGUUCCCCCGUCUACACUUUUUCAUGAUUGGUUUCGCACCGUUGACAUCGAGGGGUUCUCAGCAGUAUCGAUCGCUGACGGUUCCCGAGUUGACUCAGCAAAUGUGGGACUCGAAGAAUAUGAUGUGCGCGGCUGACCCCCGGCACGGUAGGUAUUUGACGGCGUCGGCGGUGUUCCGGGGCAAGGUGUCGACGAAGGAGGUGGACGAGCAGAUGAUCAACGUGCAGAACAAGAAUUCGUCGUACUUCGUGGAGUGGAUUCCGAACAACGUGAAGUCGAGUGUGUGUGACAUUCCCCCGACGGGUUUGAAGAUGUCGUCGACGUUCAUCGGUAACUCGACGUCGAUUCAGGAGAUGUUCAGGCGUGUGAGCGAGCAGUUCACAGCCAUGUUCAGGAGGAAGGCUUUCUUGCAUUGGUACACGGGCGAGGGCAUGGACGAGAUGGAGUUCACGGAGGCGGAGAGCAACAUGAACGAUUUGGUGUCGGAGUACCAGCAGUACCAGGACGCGAGCGCCGAGGAGGAAGGCGAGUACGAGGAGGAUCUGGAGGAGGCUUAGGCGCGCGGUUGGCUGGAAGAAGAGUCGAGAAGCGAUGUGCGGCAGCGGCAGCAGCAGGAGGGGCAGGCAGUCAGGUGCAGCACGUCGCUGGGGUGAUGCGGAGGGACUUUGCCGGUUGGCUGGGGUACAGAAGCGAGGGGUAAAUAUAGUAAGAUUACGCGCGGCGGAAGGACGCGAUGGCCAACGAGGUGGAGGGGUUGGGGCGGUUUUACGUGUACAGUAUGAGACUGACACUGACGUUGAUCCUGCGCGAACCACCGGGGCUAGCGGUAGUAGAUAGUUGGAGCGAGAGUUCGGGAGCGUUGUUGCGGAUAAGCUCCGGCGUUUGACCCCAGGGUGCAACCGUAGUUGCAUGGGGGUGGUGGGGGGAUUGAAAUUGGAACCGGACUUGGAGUUGAGAAGUUCGGGUUGUUUUUGGAGGCAGUUGAAAGACGUUUUUAAGAAGUUUGAGCUGUUGGAAAUACAUUGUUACCCUGAGCUUAA